ACCAGCUUUAGAGUGUCUGUCACCUCAGUCUCUGUCUGUCUCCUUCGCUUACUUUCCUGGCAUUCUUCCCUCUUGACCACUGUCGCAGCAGCUUCCUCACCCACUUCUUCUUCGUCUCUGAACUCUGGGUUGUGUGAAAGGUCUGGUCUUGGAUUGAAAUCCAAGCCCAAUUCUCAAGCUCGCUGAUCAAAGAAGAAGCGCCUGUUAGGUUAAGAGAUUGUGGGGAUGCACUGAGGUGUGUCUGUACAUGGUCUGGGGGCUUGUUUAGGGCCUCGGCGAUGAAUUUCGUGAGGGUGGGGAGUCGCAGUAAUCUGGUGAUAGUUGCGUUGUGAACGACUUAAGAAAUGACCUUUGUUGUUUUCUCGUGUUGUAAUAUCGACAGCUCUGGAGUGACGGUGAGUUGGAGGGUAGAUAGACAGAUUGGGUUGGAGUUUGUGUGCGAGUGUUGAGAGCACCUGUACCGUGUUGGCGGUGGUGGGAAUUUUGUCAGAACCAUGGCGGACGAUGCGUAUGUGACAGGGAAUGAAUGCGCGAAAAGAGGAUGUGAUUAGUUUGCGGGUUUACAGAUUGAGGUUGAUCAGUUCUUUAUCUGUUGUCUUGCAGUGUGCCUGGCCGCAAUUUUAGAGACGCUUGGAAUGGCGUUUUAUGAUCUUGUUAAGUGGAUCUCCCAGCGUAAUUGGGGCACCGCUUCUGUCAGAAAUUUGUUUAUUCUGUGUUUUGAUUUGUUUGUUUGUUUAUUUUCCCGACAAAUGAAGGAUCUAUAUAAUUUUUGAUAUCCUACACACUAGCGAAGCUGUUUUGUAUCACUUACCAGGGGGAGGAAUUCAUUACAUUUCUUUGGUUGGGACCUGUUGUGUCUCUUUGCACUUUUUAAAAUUCUGCUACUCGUCUUAGUAGAUAAACACGUAUCGUACUUAGCUUCUACUACUUUUUUUCUUCUAUAUGUGCUAUUUACAACGUUGCAUCAAGGCUCUGUUGCAUGGAAAGGGAGUUAAAGAAAGGGAUGAAUCCAAUAAGUAGUUAGUCCCAUUUGAACGAUAUACUUACCUUCAUACCAGGGUCUCAUCACAAUAUCCGUGACCAUCUUCCUGGUAUUAUCCUGUGCAGAGGUUGGGGAAACGUCUGAGAAAUGGACCCGAGAAUGCAGUUCAAAACAGUUCACAAUGAGCCUAAAAUUGAGGAUAUGCUGAAGGUGCCAAUAGGGUUGACAGAUCAGGUCAGGAAAAGUGUUGAGAAAGCCGAGUCAUUCAAACAGGAGUGUGCAGAGGUGAGUAGGAAAGUUGAUGCUCUCGGGAGGCUCCUGCGGCAGGCUGCACGGUUUGCAACCACGAGUUCAGUAGGUCUCUAUGAAAGUCCAACUCGACGGAUUGUGGUGGAUGUCGAAAAAACAUUACAGAAAGCCUCUAUCCUUGUGAAGAAAUGUACGAGGAGUGGAAUGCUGAGGAGAGUCAUCACAAUCACGAACGCCUCUGAUUUUAGGAGGCUAAACCAGCAUUUAGAGAAUUCUGUUGUAGAUGUGCAAUGGCUGCUUAGCGUAUCUGCAAGCGGAGAGGACCGCCCAGCACUCAUAGGGAUGCCUCCAAUAGCUUCAACUGACCCUAUUCUGGCUUUGGUUUGGGAGCAUAUUUCAAUUGUGCAUGUUGGCAAUGAUGAUGAAAGGGCGCAAGGGGCAUCUUGCCUUGCUGACCUUGCUAAAGAUGAUCGGAGUGCCAAGAUCAUCGUGGAAGAAGGUGGUGUUGCACCAUUAUUGCGUCUGCUCAGAGAGGGAACUGUGGCUGGGCAAGAAGAGUCUGCUAGAGCGUUGGGUUGCUUAGCAAGUGAUCGCGAGCGUGUGCAGAAGAUGCGUAUGGAGAGUGCAACAUCCGUGUUUGCCCAAAUUCUGGGCCAUGCGUCCAUGAAAGUACAGGCCAUGGUGGCAUGGGCGCUCUCAGAGUUUUGUGAUCGGGACGAAGAGUCCCAAAAUGAAUGUGCAGCUGCCGGUGGGAUCCGCUUAUUAGUAUAUCUGCUGGCGCACGAGGUCGAUGAUUCUAACAAGAAUGACUCUAACAAAGCUGGGCUUUAUAACGUCAUAAAGAACACCAUGGAACAUCCUCAAGGGUCAGCUGGCAAGCCACCAGUCAGACCAAGAGUUGAUUCUUCUUAUCGUAGCUCUGCCAAGGUGCAACCUGUUUCCGUGGAGCCACGAAACUACGGUACCGAGGCAUGGAGCAGCCCAGGAGAAAACGCAAGAACUGAAUCUUUUCCUUCUUCCCUGCGCACUACCAGCAAGAGCAGUAGGGACAACGAGGAUCCAGAGACGAAAUUGCGGCUGAAAGUACAAGUGGCUCGGGCGAUAUGGAAGCUGGCGCAGAACAACGUCAAAAACAGUAAGUUAAUUACGGAUACUCGGGCUCUCUUGUGUUUUGCCAAGCUGAUCGAAACAGGAAAAGGUGAAGUGCAGGUUAACUCCAUAAAUGCAGUGAUGGCAAUCUGCUCAUCAGCUGAAAAGAGUUCAGAGAUUCGAAAGGCAGCCUUCAAAACAACUGCACCAGCUGCAAAAGCCGUGGUCGAUCAACUGAUUCGCGUCAUCGAAUCUGGAGAACCGGUGGUUCAGGAGCCUUGUUUGGUUGCAAUUGGAUGCUUGGCACGCACCUUCUCUGCUCCUAUUGUGAGGAUCAUUGGUCCUAUCACCAAGGCCUUGAAAACACUCGACCCUAAAGUCGCAGCAGAAGCAGCUUUUGCCUUGUACAAAUUUGUCCACCCCAAGAAUUACCACCACGUAGAGCACUCGAGAACAAUUUUGGAGCUGAACGGGGCGCAGUUGUUGGUUUCCUGGCUGACAAAUCAAGAUCCCAACACUCAGAAGAAGGCCUUAAUGCUCCUGUGUUGCUUGUCAGUGAACGCCCCCGACCAUGCUGCUCUUGCACAAGCCAUGGUGCGUACGAGACUGGAGAAUAUGACUCGAUCAACUGUUGUUACUCAAAACCCUGAACUGCGAAACGCUCUGAUUGAUGCUCUCUCGAGGCUGGAGGUCUAUCAGGCAAGUAUCCACAGGCCUCAUAAUAUGGUUGCUCCAUAUGAAUAGUCAUCAGAAUAUACUACCUCUAGCUAGGGCUGAAGUAUAGUCUCGGCUUUAUGCGUCGAUAAAACUCAAGUACGUGAUGUUGAGAAAAUAGAUUAGUAAGAUAUUAGUGAAGAGGUGCAAAGAAAUGUCAAAUCCUCAGGUGAACUAUCAUCUGCACCUCUGUACUUAAUUGUAGAGUUUUGUUCAGAGACAAGUGGCCGGUAAAGCAAAGACUGGCGCUUGUGAGCUGACGCCUUUUGACAGCUUGUAACAUCAUUGUAUAUUUUUGUCUAGAAGGUUACUCAUGCAGUGGUGGUCUGCUCUUACUUCUAGUACACUUGGCGUUUAA